AUGGAGUUCCCAGAUGACUUCCUCCUUGCUGAGCUGGGCCACUUGCAGUUCUACAAUGACUCCAACGGUACCUACAAUGAGACCGACGGCUUGCUGCCAACGGGGGUGAAGGUCACUAUUGUGGUCGUCUACAUGAUUGUCUGUGUCAUCGGCCUGGUGGGAAACUUCCUGGUCAUGUAUGUCAUCAUAAGAUACACAAAGAUGAAAACGGCCACUAACAUCUACAUUUUUAACCUGGCUCUGGCUGACUCUUUGUUCCUGGCUACUUUACCUUUCCAGGGCACAGAUGUGUUCCUGGGCUUCUGGCCAUUCGGGAACGCUCUGUGCAAGGCGGUGGUGUCUAUCGACUACUACAACAUGUUCACCAGCACCUUCACCCUGACAGUGAUGAGUAUGGACAGGUACGUGGCAGUCUGCCACCCAGUCAAAGCGCUGGACAUGAGGACUCCUCACAAGGCCAAGGUGGUGAAUAUCUGUGUGUGGGUGUUGGCUUCAGCCUUUGGUGUACCGGCCAUGGUCCUGGGAAAUGUCGAAGAGGAACAAGAGCACAACAGUGUUGAGUGCAUCAUGGUUUUACCUGAACCAAGGACUCACUGGGAUUCUGUCUUCGGUACCUGUGUCUUCCUCUUCUCCUUUCUCAUCCCCGUUGCUAUCAUCAGCAUCUGCUACAGCCUGAUGGUCAAGCGCCUGCGCAACGUUCGCAUCUUGUCCGGCUCCAAGGAAAAAGACCGCAACCUGCGGCGCAUCACCAGGAUGGUCCUGGUGGUGGUGGCAGCAUUUGUCGUCUGCUGGACACCCAUCCAGAUAAUGGUCCUGGCUCAGUCUCUGGGCUUCAACCUGAGCAGUUUGUUCACACUAGUCCUGAUGCACUUCUGCAUCGCGCUGGGCUACGUCAACAGCAGCUUGAAUCCUGUGCUCUAUGCCUUCCUGGAUGAGAACUUCAAGCGCUGCUUUCGGGAGUUCUGCAAACCCUCGCCUUUCCGCCUCGACACCCAACAGUCGGGCAGGAUGAGGAGCAUUGCUAGGGAGGUGGCAGCUGCUUACAGCUACAAGGCUGAUGGCAGGGGGCCAGGAGGAGGGACGUCUAAUCCAGCAUGA